CUGAAUUAAUUAACCAUUCAGUAAGAUAAAAAGAACUCUAAGUGCAAACAGAAUAACAAAUAAAUUUAACAGUCAAUUUAAACAAUUAAGAUAAGGAAAAUGGCAUUACAAAUGAAAGCAACCAUGACCCCAAUCACUAUUUUGAGUGUGCAGUACCCCCAGUGGGUCAAUGAAAUUCCAAAAAUAUCAAACAAAUGGCACAAGCGAACUCAAAAGCUUGACUCACCAUGGCCUCAAGAUGGUACAUUUGAUGUUGACGUUUGUACAGUAAUGGAAACUCGAAUUAAAGAUUACAAACCGAAGGUUCAUAGUAAAAAACGCAACCAAAAGAGACAGACCGAAUUACAAAUACUCGAUUUGUUUAAAACUGAAGGUCAGAACUAUAGAGACAAAAUCAGAGGAAAACUAGCUGAACUGAAAAAUCUUAAAAUAAAGAGCAACAAUGAGAAAGACCAAGACUUCAAUACGUCUGCAGGAAUAUACCCAUCUCUAGCUGGAACAUUAAGCAUCAAUGGGAAUUUUGAAUAUGACAAAGCGAACGCCCAAAAAGGAACAAGUUUUAACCUAAAUGUGGAAGCUUCUCCUCAAAAAGCAGUAGGAGGGUCCGUGGAUGCCCGUUCACCAGGGACAAGAGCUGAAAAUGCCCAUUCUCUACCAGUAGAGCGAGGUCCAUGCGACAGUGUGGAGGAAAUAAACCGGGAACAACUACAGCCUCAGCAUUGCAGCACAGGGCGAAAAGCAAAAAAGCCCAGGCAAAGUCAAAUACUGGACUGUUAUGCUGAACGAACUGCACAGAGAGAGGGAGCACAGAGUGAGUCGUACUGGAUAGAUAUGGCCGACCAAUCUAGACUGAACCAACCCAGAAUAAAGGAAAAAACCAUUAUAGAAGAAUAUGAAGAACAAAUAGAUAAGAUAUACAACACAUGUAAGGAGCUUCAAAAUUUAUCAGCAAAUGCAGAAGCUCACUGUAAUGCAGAAAGAAAGCAGAAAAAAGGAAGAGAAGAGCCAUAUGAUCUCAGAUACAGACCUAACAUACACCCACCUGAUAGGUAUACUGAUCCAGGUCAAUUUCCGAUCUUAAUAAAAGGCACACAGGCACACUACAUACCAUGGCAGUCUGUGGAUUUGACUGGGCUGGUUGCCCGGCUCCCCGACUUGCAUGAUGGUGCAGCUAAAUGGAUUCGAGUCUUUGAGGAAGAGACAGUGGGGAAGAUGUUGGCUAUUGGUGACAUAAAGGCAGUUCUGGCACAGAUCUUGGGGGUUCCAACUAUGGAAAACAUCAUCCACAAGACUGGUUAUGUCUGGAUGAAGAGUCACAUGGCUGAUGGGACUGUGUUUAAUGCCUACCGUGCCACCAUGUGGCAGGCUCUAAGGGAGGAAUUUCCCAACAAGAUUGACCGCAAAGCACGGAAAGGUGAGCCAUUGAUGGACAAUGUGAAUCCCAUUGCAUACAUAAACAAGCAAAUGAAGAGGUGGAAACAAGAGACUGAGGAGGAGCCUGAACGCUCUCCGCUCUUAAUGACUCUGUUCAGAGAAUCAAUAAUUGAGGCCUUGCCGGCUCCAGCCCAGGCCAAACUGGAGGAUGUGGUGGGACUGAGUACUAUGCCACACAGACAGUUUCGGGACCAUGUGGUCCAUGUGGUUGAAAAAUACAGAAAAGAGCAGGAACAACAGAGGGAGCAGGACACGCGGACUCAGAGAAAAGUCACGCAACUUCAGCUGAAUGAACUGCAGAACAAAGGCAAAGCAAAGACGCAAGCACCUGUACUGAGUGCUGAACCAAGGGACAUUGCAGGAUGGGUGCCAGUACAACAGUCAGGUGCAGCCCCUCCAGUUGGACCACCUGCAUCAGCCCCCCAAGUCCAACAACCACCAGUUGUUAAUGUGUACUCCCAGCAGGCCCCAGGACCAAGGAAUGGUCGGUUUGCAGGGGGGCCAAGGUCUCAAAGGGGGAGUCCAAUGGGAUACCCAAGGGCUCCACAAACUCCGGGACUGUGUUGGGGCUGCCAGUCACCGAGUCAUCUCUGGAGCCAGUGUCCUAACAACAUAGGAAAGGGUUUAGCGUAUGGAAAAUGGAGUCGGCAACCUAGGCCCAGGCAAAACCUAGCUGCCCCAAGAACACCUGGUCCAGCGAACUAUUGGGCCGGUCAAAAAUAUGGAUACUAGGGGUGCCCAGAGAGUCCUACAGGGGAAAGUCAGUUUCCAAUUAUAUCUACAGAACCAGAAAAAGAACCCAUACUACAUGUAGAAUUGGAAAACAAAUUAACACCUAUGCUAAUAGACACUGGAGCAUCAUAUACAUGUGUAAGUCCAGCCUAUGCCGCACAUCUCCCCAUGUCAGACAAAAUUGUCAAGACAGUAGGAUUCUCGGG